AUGAAAGGGAUCAAGGGAGCGCCAUACAGGGGACGUUUAGGUGCUCUGACGAUCACAGACGUUUCCUGGUUGCCCUACAGUGAGCACCAGGUAGUUAGGGGCUUCCAGCUUAUUUCAUGCUACCAGGGGCAGCUCAGAUGGGGUCAUGUUGUGGUCUACGUCCGACCAAAGCAGGUGCUACGGCAGUUCGGAUACAUCCAGACCAUCCCUUCGCCGCCGAUCUCUCACCCAUUUGUCACGCCGACCCAGAAAGGCGAUGAGCCGAGACAGCUAGCUGCCCCAGAUGUGGAUGCAUACGUCGAGCCACAUGUGUUGGAGGUUCCAGUCACAGAUGAUCUCCCCAGACAUUCAGUGGUUUCUUGUGAAGGUUGCGAAGCCAUCGCUGAAAGGUUGAAGCGUAUGCUCAACCUUAAGAUGGUGACUGCAGGAACAAAGUUACAUGAGAUCAUGAAAGAUUGCCUGCUGCUCGCUAAGGGAGAGGCCUCUAAUGGAAGUCUUAGGAUGCGACGUAGGCAGCGCAUAGAUUAG